AUGCUGUUGCUGAUCACCCUGCUGCCCUUCGGGGCGCAUUUCGUGAAGAACUACUUCAGCUCCCUCGAGGUGUACUUUCUGGAGCAGGAUCCCAAGCUACACUUCAACGAGACCAAGUACGGGACGGUGAUGUCCGCGAUAUGGAUACCCAACCUCUUCAUGCCCUUCUUCGGGGGACUGUUCCUCGACUCCAAGGGCCACAAGCAAGGCAUCAUCAUGUUCCUCAGCGUCGAGCUCAUAGGACACGUCAUCUUCACGCUGGCGAUGAGCUGCGGCAACUUCUGGAUGGCCGUUUUCGGGGAGGCGGUAUACGGGUUAGGUUCUGGCGUCGUUGUGGUGGCGAUGCGGGCCGUCGUCUCCAAGUUUUUCCUUGCGAAAGAGCUAUCGUUCGGGAUGGGUAUCACGAUCGCCAUGGCGGGCGUGUCCAAGACUCUGGCAAAGGCGUCGGUGGCCCCGGUCGCUGAGAGGUGGGGGUACAUGGGGGCGCUCUGGUACGUGGCACUGUGGCAGGUGCUCUCCCUAUUGGCGGGGCUUGUCUACGUCAGAUUGGCUACGUCCGCGGGCAACCAUGUCGGCAUGGAGGAGGCGGGAGCGGAAGCGGGCCCGGGGCCAAAGGACCGUCGUGUUCGGUCGCACUUGGUGGCUUUGAGGCGGUCGACGCUGUCGUUCUGGUUGGUGGCGAUCUUGCACACCCUGCUCAACAUAGCCUACCACCUCUUCGCCAACUACUCCGGCCACUUCUUGGUAGAGAAUUACAAAGACAGCCCAGUCCGGGGGGGGUUCAUUUCGGCGGUGAUGCCUUUGGUGGGGUUGGUGUGCGCCCCGAUCGCGGUUUUAAUUUUGAACCGAUGGGGAAGCCAGUUGUUUGUUCUGCUGUUUGCGAACAUCAUCACCAUCAUGGCGUACGUCCUACUGCUGGAGGAACGAGCCGGGCCCGUGGUUUGCAUCCUCAUGCUGGCGUUUUGUGAAUCGUUCGUUCCGACGAUUCUGCUGAGCGCGUUGCCGCUGACGGUGCACCCGUCCGUCUAUGGCGCCGCUUUCGGGAUGGCAGAGGUGCUGUCAGCGAUAGGCAACAUCCUGUCGAACGUCUUCUUCGGGUACUCCAAGGACCGGACCUCGUCGUACAAGGAUGACAUGGUUUCGCUCGUCGUGGUGUGCGUGGUCUGCCUGGGGCUGACGCUGCUGCUCUUGUUCUGGGACGCCAAGCACGGGAAGUCGCUGCUCAACCGCGGGAAGCGGACGACGCCAGCGGAUGUGAAGCUGCUGGGGUGAAAAAAGCGGCCCGUCCAGUGCCUGCUCGGGAGGGCGCGGGGAGGAACGAACAGCAGUGUUGGUCUCUUUCAGAGCAAAAACACCCACGAAGCGGCACGUCCAGUGCCGCUUCGGGAUUGCUAUCUAGCGCAGGGGAACGGAACGAACAGCAACGAUUCUCUCUUCUCUCUCGACGUGCGGCAGCAAAGCGUAAAAAAAAGCACCCACGAACCUUGGGGCAGUUUCUGGGUGUUUCUUGUGUGAACGCGAGGAACCCGUUCAUCCGAUUUUGUUGUGUUUUUCGUCGACGUCGUCCGGUUGUUGUGGGCAGUACAGCAGUAGGUCGUGAUCUUGAAAUGUGUCCCGAAAAUAAAUGCACCGCUCCCGGAGCCAGCCGUAGCGCAGCAUGCCUUUGUCCGACCGAGAGAAUGGCCCGAGUUUUUUUUUUUAUUUUUUUUGUUGAUGCGUGCGUGUUGUGGCAUGUACUCAAGCGCCAGUUGUCCUUGGCGCGCGAGUAGUCGCGAGGGAGGGAGGUUAUCGUUUGGUUGGCCAUAUGGAUGAAGAUUCGUACGUGGGGCUGGGCUUGGAACGCCCCCCGACGAUACACUAGAUUUAUUUUUUUCUUUCUGAAUACCAGUAGUAGAUAUGGUACAACAAUUCCAUCUUUGUCUAUAUAAAAAGAGUAUAUUAUAGAUUAGCGAUGAAUCCAUAGCGUCAGCGGAGGCUGUACCUGUAUUUCCAGGAUUUCCCGGGGUUU